AUGGGUGGCGCAAUGGCUACAGGCGUUAGCUCCCAGCGUCCAAUCCAAGAGCCAGCGGUGACUUUGGAAAAAUUUCGAAAAUCGUAUCAGAAGUACAAAUGGCUCUUUUUUCCAUUCAAUGAGAUCCAACCCAGUACAGUGGCAAAACUCAAGAAGCAGUUUCUGGAGGACUACCCCAGUGAAGUUCUGACCACGGAAACAAUGCCAUCAACGUUAGAUGCUGACUCUGGCCUCCGACCGCCCAACGUAUUGGAAGCGCAAGCAGCUGACAAGGCAUUGUGGCAGAUGAUUCAUGACCUGGUCCUGGAUCAACAAUUCACCCUGGACAAUGCCAUUCACGAGGAUCUGCAAAAGGACGUGGCAAAUCAAAAAGCAAAGGCAAACAAGGAGGCAAAAAGGGCGAAACACCUUCUCGCCCAACCUGGGUCACAGAAGCGACAGUGCAAGGCAAACGGCAACAGCUAUGUAUGCAGUUCCAAUCGGGCAAGUGUCAAAAAGGGGAUACCUGCCGUUUCAGCCAUUUGUGCGCCCAUCCAUUGGCGUCGGGACAAGCAUGCGGCCAACCUCAUAGUGCGUUUGACCAUCAGCAGCAACCACACUGACUCUUACAGGGACAAUUGUUGGAUGCCGUAUCAGCCCAAGCAUGCAUUCCAACCAAACCACUUGAUGCUCUACCUGUUAGUUAUGAAGAUGGUGGAGGGCUUCAUUCAGAACCAGACUGGAGCAGACCUUACAGAUCAGCCCCUGAUGCAUUGCACCAUCUCCGCAGGCAGUGG